CGUGCGGCAGGCCUCAUCCGCGCCGGCGGCUGGUCCAUGAGGGUUCAACGUCGUCGCGCGGGACGACGACGACGACGACGGCGACGAGGGGCGACGACGCGGCACGGCAACCUCGGUCCGAAGGGGCAGCGUACGAUGACGAUCGUCCGGCAGAGUCGCGCGAGUUAAAUCUCGAGCCCCGAUUCUCGAUCGCGAGCCCCGAUUCGAAUGCGAUUCCGACGCCGGAGACGAUGAUGCUGCGCCUGAGACUGGGCACUCGCGGGCCCGGCGUCGCGACGCUCGUCCUAGCGAAGACUCCACGUGAGCGCGGCUGUCAUCGGAGACGCGCGAAAGCGGUCGCGAAGCAUCAUCUGUGAGCGCCCGGAACCUUGUUAUCGUGGAUUUGACCGUUUAUCGAGGAUUUACGACAUUUGCAAUUCGUUGUGUAAGGAUUUAUCUCCGUGGCUGCGGAAUUUUUCCACGGAUCGGUGAAAUUUUCACAGCUAUUAAUGAUCAAGCCAUUAAUCGUGUAGUGAGUAUCGAGACAUCUUCAGGGGCAUGUACGAGUUUUAAAUUGCUCGUAUUGAACGGGUGCAUAAUUUUCGAAAGAUAAAGUUAAGUGUGUCUGCUAUUUCAAGAAGGGAUUCGGCAGAAAACUGAAUUUUCACUGUAAAGGAUAGAGUGAAGACGUUGCAAAGUGCGCUGACGCAGCGGUAGACGUACGGAUUGAUGAGUACGCGUCGUACUCACGAGAGUGAAUAUCGGAGUAAGGAUUAACAAGCAAGGAUCGGCAGUGCAGCGUUCGAGGUGUUAAAAAUGCUGUGUCGCUGGCUCGCCGUCUUGGUACUCGCUGGUUUUCUGCUGGUUAUCGAAGCGAUCGCGGUCAGCCAAGGUACGUUCACUCGCGAUCAGAGAGUUUUGAGCGGAAGUCUACAAGGGAGUCGCAACGUCAGCAAUGUACCAGCUUUCGAGACGAACGUGCCACGGAAUGUCACUACUGCGGUCGGUCAGACCGCUUUUCUUCACUGCAGAGUUCAUCAGCUAGGCGACAAGGAGGUGUCUUGGAUGCGCAAACGCGAUAUGCAUAUUCUCAGCGCAGGCACCUUGAUGUACACAUCGGACCUGAGAUUUCAGGUGAUCCAUCCGGAAAAGUCGGAGAACUGGACGCUACAGAUUAAGUCGCCGCAGGAGCGUGAUUCCGGUGUCUACGAGUGCCAGGUCAGCACCGAGCCGAAGAUGUCGCUCAACUAUAGUCUCAACGUGAUCGAAGCGCGAGCCAGAAUAAUCGGUCCGCCAGAUAUCUACGUGAAGAGCGGAAGUCUUUUGACGUUGACAUGUUUAAUGUCGCAAGGUCCUCACGAUCUGGGGACGGUGGCCUGGUUUCGGGGCAGUCAAGCGGUAGUGACGUCACCGCGAUCAGAAAAUGACAUCGAGGCGGAACCACGCAUAACCGUCGAGACGGAAUGGAGCGAUGCCCUCACAUCGAGAUUGAGGAUCACGUAUUUGAAACCCGGUGACUCCGGAAACUACAGUUGCGUUCCUACCGUGGCGGAGAGAGCAAGUGUCAACGUGCACGUGAUCAAUGGUGAACAUCCGGCCGCGAUGCAGCAUGGAAACACGGCAGCCGGCUCGCCCAACUCCAAGACGGUACUGUUGAUGCUCGCCUUCCUUCUGGGUCAGCUGAGAUAAUGUGCGCGUGCACAAAGGUCACUCGAGACACUUAUGAAAUCAAUGGACACGCAUCGCGAGACGAUCGCCCACACAUCCCUAACGUUAAUUCUUUUGCACAGACUAUUCUGGAUUAGAUUCUGGAUAGUUAUGUCAUUUAGCGGCCGAAGGACUACAUAAUUUAUGUAAUUAUAUAUUAAUUACGUAAUGUGAUCGCGGGCAAUUAAAGUGAGAUUUAAAUUUAAUUUAUUGAAAUUGAAAGAUGAAUCUUACAAAAUCUACGAACAGGUACUUUUUAAAGCAAUUUUUAUCUUUUUUUCCAAUUAAUCGAUCCAAUUAAUU